AUGGGUGAAAGCGAUAUCUUAGAAACAAUCGAACAAAAUGGGUAUAACUCAAAAGAUGUUCUUAACAAAUAUUUUGACAUUUACAUAAAUGAUGAUGAUAAUAAUAAUGAUUCUGUAAAUUUUGAAAACGAUAAAGAAUAUAAUAUAAUUGAAAAAAAAAUAAAAAAUUUAAAAAAUUAUAUUAAUGAGGAAAAAAUUAAAUUAAAUAAUAAAAUAAAUGAAGAAACAACACAUUUUAAAGAAAAAAAUUUUUAUGUUAAAAAAUAUAUUGAUAACAUAAUAAUCUCAAAUAUAAAUACACAUCUUAAUGUUAAUCAAAUUUAUCAUAAAAACAUAAAUGAACAUGAUCAGUCUACUAAUAUCUGUCUUAAAACUAUAUCCAAAAAAAAAUCUCAAAAUAUUUAUACUCAAUUAAAAGAUCUAGAAUAUAAUACACACAAUUAUGAUCAAAACGGAAAAUCUGAACAUCCCAAACAUGUUGAUAGCGAUUGGAAAGGGUAUAGAAUGUCAAUAAAAAUGGAAAGUGAAAAUGGUGAAAAAGAUGGAGAUGGUGAAGAUGGCGAAAAUGGCGAAAAUGAUGAAAAUGGCGAAAAAGAUGGAAGUGAUGGAGGUGGCGAAAAUGUGGCGGAGUUGUUAGAAAGAAGUAUUGAGCUUAAAGAAAUUCUGGAUAAAAUUAAAAAAAGUUUGUUAUUUUUGAAAUGCUACCCAUCUAUAGAAAAGAACAUAAAAGAAUUAUUAUUAUUAUCGAGAGGACAAUCAAAUAUAGAUAUAAAUGAAAAAAUAAAAAAUGUGUUAAAAAUAUAUGAAAAUUUAAUAUAUAUUAAUGAACAUGAAGAAAUUAUAAAAGAUUUAAAAAAAAAAUAUUUUUUUGAUAAUUUUUAUUCUAUAUAUUCAAAUAAUUUUUUUGAAGAUUUAUAUUUUUUAUUAAAUAAUAUUAUAUUUGAAUAUAUGAUAAACAAUGUUAAUAUUAAUAUUAAUGAGAUUGUAAAAAUAUAUAUCUAUUUAUUAAAUAUAUUUUUUAAUUAUUUAAAUAUAAAAGAAUAUGAUUAUGAAUAUCAAAUAAAUUAUAUAACUAACAAGUUAAUACAUUAUAUUGUUGAAAAUUGUUUCUCAAAAACAUUUUUUAAAUUUGUUCAAUCUAAACAAAAUAUAUUAAUAUAUAAUAUUAUAAUUAUUUAUUACGAAUAUUUUACAUCAUUUAUAGAAGAGAAAAAAGAAUCGAUGAUAAAUCUGCUUCACAUUUUUAUAGAUAAAUUAAGUGAAGAAUUUAGAAAAAAACGAACCGUUUCAGAAUCCGAGAAGCAGGCAAUCGGUAAAAGAGAUGACCAAACACACAUUGACACAUUCUUCGCUAACCUUUUUAAAGAAAGCAUAAAUGUUGUGUGUGUGUAUAUAGAAGAUUUAAAAAUUUUUAAAAGCAUUGAUGAUAAUACAAACAAAAGUAAUAUGGUAUUUAAAAUUAUGGAGUCAAUAAAUACAAGCAUAAAUAUUUUAGUAAAUAUUCCUUUUUUUAUAAAUAAAAAAAAUGUAUUGGAAAAAAUACUAAAAGAAACAAUUUUUAUUAACAAAGAAAUAAUAAAUGAAUAUAUAAUUAAUAUUACAAAUGUUUCUAAAUUUUAUAAUAAUAGUUUUGAAGAUAUAAAUUUAAAAGUUCGAGAUUUUGAUAGACAUAAUUUAUUGUUCCAAAAUAAACUAUUAAUAUUUUUUACAGAUUUACAAAAUGAUAUAAAAAAUAUUAUAGAUAAUAAAAUAAAUGAAAUUAAUAAUAAUACUAUAUUUAAUUUACAUUUUUUUAGAUUUUUAAUAUUUUUUUCAUAUAUUCAUUAUAUUGAUACUCAAUUUCUUUUCCUUUUUAUAAACAUAUACAACUUUUUAUAUGAGAUCAUUUAUAAUUUUAAAGAUGAAAUAAAAACUAAAGAAAUGAGACAUACACACAGAAAAAAAAAUAUUAAUGAUCAUACUAUAUUUGGUCUAAACCAACAAAAUUAUCGUGUUGAUACUUAUAAUGUUGAUAAUUACAAUGCUGAUAAUUACAAUGUUGAUAAUAAACCAAACAAAGAAAAUAGCCAAAUUAUUAUCGACAAAUCAUUACAAACACAAGAAUAUUAUAAUACAUCAAAUAUGGUUAUUGAAUAUAUAAAAAGUAUUAUCUCUAUUUUUUUUAAUUUGAUAAAUAUAUUUGAUAUUAUUUUUAACGAUUAUAUUAAUUUAUCUUCUUAUAUUUUCGAAAGAACAUAUUACAACUAUAAUAAUAAUAGUUAUAUAAAUAUUUUAUCCAAAUUUUACAUUUCCAGAGAAAAAAUUUAUCCCACAGAAAUAUAUGCCAACAUAGCCCACCUACACAAUUUUUUUUUUCACGCCGAUUUUUCGAAAAAAAAAGCAGAAAAAAAAGCAGAAAAAAAUAAGAGCGAUUCCCAUAACAAUAAUGACGAAUCUACAUCUCUAAACGAUCAAAAUAAGUUAGAAAAAGAAAAUAUAAUGUCUAUGGAAAAUGACAACUCUUCUUCCAGUUGGGUAUAUGAAGAAAAUAAAUUGUCAAUAAAUGGUGACCAAAAUUAUAAAUCUGUAAUUUUUGAAGAUAAUGAACUAGAAGAAUAUGGAACAUAUUUAUUCAAAUCAUCUAUAUCUAAAUUAAAAGAAAUAAAAAAUACAAUUAAAAAAAAUAUAAUUCAUUUCUCUUUAAUUCCUUUAUAUGAUUAUUUAAAUAAAUAUAUAGAACAAAUUUGUUACAUACAAUAUGAUGAAACUAUACAUUUUUUUGACCCUCAUGAAAAUAUAUGUUUAUUAGGAGAAGUUAUUUUUUCAUUUGUUGAAAUAUAUUAUGAAAAUAAAAAUACAAAUUUAUUACAAGAAUUGUUUUCAAAUUUAUCAGAAAAAUAUUUUUUACUUAUAAAUAAAAUUAAGAUUAUAAAUAAAAAUAUUAUUUUGCAAAUACAAGCAGAUCUUAAUUAUUUAAUUAAUGUGUGUAUAAAAUUUAAAAUAAAAAAUUAUAAAUUUCUUUUUUUACUCAAUCUUUUUUUUUCCUUUUAUUUUUCUGUAAUUGGUAAUAACAAUUUUGACAACAUUGAUAUAUACACAUCUUUUCAAUCUUAUGUAAAUGAAAAAACAGAAAAGGAAAAAUUUAUCGAUUUGGAAAUAACUUGUGAUGAUAUUUCACGAACUACAACUAAUAUGAUCCAUAUUUUUAAAGACCAAUCAUCGCUUUAA